AUAACAUUGUUAUCGACGUUUAAUAAGAGUUUAGUUGUGCGAUUUGAAUCAUAGAAGGUCAGAAAAAAUCGUGAAACAGUGUAUUGGUAUUGUCGUAUUGAUGUUUGUCUGCGAUGGAUUUAAGCAAUGUGAGACAUAGCUUUAGCGAAAGCAGCUAAUACCACGAAUGAUUCGAUGUUGUUGUCGUUUUCUUGCCGAGCAGCGAGCGACAUACGUCUAAACAUUGAAGUCAUAUAGCGACAAUGGAAUAACUUCAGAAUUUAUCGAAGAUACGCGGGACCAAAACUUGCAAUAACUUCGAGUCCUAUACGUAUCAAAAUGUAAAAGUGAUCAGAAUGAACAUGGGCAUUUGGAAAAGAUGUCUAAUUUUGUUAUCUUUUCUUUGGCAAGGAACAAAAAAACUCUUUCAUUUAGUCUGUAUCACACGUCGACUUCCUUCAGCAAAGUAAAAAUAUAAUCUUCAAAACAAAGACUCUUUACAACAAAAAAUUUUUUGUAGCAAAUUACCUACAUGUACGUCAAACAAAAUUUAUAUAGAAAGCUUGAUUGCAGGCGUCUCCCGUCACUGAUGCUCAGUGUAAGUCGAAGAAAACGACAGGUGUAAAUGAAAAUGGAAGAUUAAAUCGAUGUCCAAUCAAUCAAUCUGAAAAAUAGAGAACUUUUCUAGCUAACUAGUUAUAAAGUUUGAAUACUAGAAAUACAGGAGAAUAUAAGAAAAUUAGCAGCAGAUUUACACUGUUUACUCGGUACAACAUGAGGCUUUUCUUGGUGUUUCUUUUCGUCUUGUUAGUGCAUGAUGCAGCGGGUUGGUGGAGAAGACGACGUUGGAGACGACCACGGUACAGGAGACGUUGUACACUAAGUCAUUGGUCCAGCUGGAGCUCCUGUAAUCAUCAAUGUGGAAUUCAGGCGUACAGACGCGAACAAGAAGGAAGAUUAGUUCAGGCUGGUGGUUCGGACGCUGUUCUGGUUACAGUUUACGCCAAACAAGAGCAUGCAACAGAAAUAAAUGUCGAAAUAGAGGAUGGUCAUGGCAUGGUAGAUGUAUCUGUUAUAGUGGUUGGACAGGAAAAUGUUGCAACAAACGGCGUGCAAGAAAUUGUGUAGUCAGUCAUUGGUCCAGUUGGAGUUCUUGUAAUCAUCAAUGUGGAAAUGCAGGUGUACAGACACAAACAAGAAGAAAGAUUAGGUCAGAAUCGAAUGGCGGACGUUGUCCAUACAGUUUACGCAGAACAAGAGCAUGCAACAGAAAUAAAUGUCGCAAUAGAGGAUGGGCAUCAUAUGGUAGAUGUAUCUGUUAUAGUGGUUGGAAAGGAAAAUGUUGCGACAAAAGGCGUCCUAGAAAUUGUGUAGUCAGUCGAUGGUCAAGUUGGAGUUCUUGUAGUCACCAAUGUGGAAAUGCUGGUGUACAGACACGAACAAGAAGAAAGAUUAGGACAGAAUCUAAUGGCGGAAGUUGUCCAUAUAGUUUACGCAGAACAAGAGCAUGCAACAGAAAUAAAUGUCGCAAUAGAGGAAGACCAACCUAUGGUAGAUGUAUCUGUUAUAGUGGUUGGACAGGAACAUGUUGCAGCAAAAAAUCUCCCAUAAAUUGUGUGGUCAGCAGUUGGACCAGUUGGAGUUCUUGUAGUCAUCAAUGUGGAAAUGCAGGUGUACAGACGCAAACAAGAAGAAAGAUUAGGUCAGAAUCUAAUGGCGGAAGUUGUCCAUACAUUUUACGCAGAACAAGAGCAUGCAACAGAAAUAAAUGUCACAAUGGAGGAAGACCUACUUAUGGUAGAUGUAUCUGUAAAAGUGGUUGGACAGGAACAUGUUGCAACAAAGAUAUCGACGAAUGUGCACUUUCUACCGAUAACUGUCACACGAAAGCGAUCUGUACCAAUAACAAUGGAUCAUUUUCAUGUAAAUGUAACAGUGGUUAUUCGGGAAAUGGAAUUAUUUGUAAAGAUAUUGAUGAAUGCUCUUUAUCAAUCGACAAUUGUCAUCAAAACUCUACCUGUGUCAACACUAAUGGAUCGUUUUCGUGUAGUUGCAAUGUUGGUUAUUCUGGAAAUGGAACAGUUUGUGAAGAUAUCGACGAAUGUUCUCUUUCAAUGGAUAACUGUCAUCAAAAUUCAACUUGCAUCAACAGCCAUGGAUUGUUUUCUUGUAAUUGUGAUGCAGGAUUUACAGGAAACGGAACGGUUUGUGAAGAGAUUAAACCGUGCGAGUCGAGUCCUUGCAAAAAAUAAUGGUCUUUGUACAAACAUGGGAGGUACAUUCUCCUGUGAUUGUGCUGAUGGUUUUAAAGGCAAAACAU